AUGUCGUCAGGGUCACUAGAAGCGUCAUUGGAGAGACGUAUGCUUACUCUAGUAUCGCAAUACCACGCUCAAUUGCCCGGAGACGCCCGUGGCAAGGCCGCUAGAACGGAUGUAGAUGCCAUCAUGACAUUUGUAACAAAAAACGAUGCAUCGUUGGCUAGAAAGCAGCAAAGGCUACUAAAGAAGUCGAUCGAGGCUUGUCUUGUUACUUUACAAAAGGAAUCUGCUGGAAGACCUGGUGAUGGUGGUGCCUUCUACAAUGAUGUGUCAUCAGAGGACUCUGAGUUUGAAGAUGAUCCCUUAAUUCAAUUAAUGGAAGUCAAGGACACAAACUUUCUCAACCGGUCGCUAGUCAAUGUAUAUAACGCCAAACAACAACAGUCACAGAAUCAGCAACAGCAACAGGCAGCCGAGAAUGGAGUAGUACUCGGUCCUGAAUCGUCUAUAGAACUCGCAUCCAAGACACCAUCACAACCAACAACACCAUCCGAACCUCAGCACGUUCUCCCUGUAGCCAUGUUGGACGAACCUUUACAUACCAGUCACGAGCAUCACAAGUCGCAGCAUAAAAGCUCACGCAAGAGAAAGAGGCAUACAAGUAGCAGUAGAGGCGAUGAAAUUGAAUCAGCCAUUGAAAAGAAGCUCAAGGAGACGCAUGGCGAGACUAAUAAAUGGCCAACACCUACUGUAAAGUUGAGUGAUUUGGGUGGGAUUGAGAAUCAUAUUGAGGAGGUACUACAACUCAUCGGAAUGCCUCUCAAAUAUCCAGAAGUCUAUACACACCUCGGCAUACAACCUCCUCGUGGUAUACUCCUACACGGUCCACCAGGCUGCGGUAAAACUAUGCUCGCUCAUGCUAUCGCCGGUGAAGCAGGUGUACCAUUCAUCACCAUCUCUGCUCCAUCAGUCGUAUCAGGCAUGUCUGGAGAAUCAGAAAAGAAGAUUCGUGAUGUCUUUGAAGAAGCUAAACAAUUGGCUCCAUGUCUCUUGUUUAUUGAUGAGAUUGAUGCUAUUACUCCUAAACGAGAAACAGCACAACGAGAAAUGGAGAGGAGGAUUGUUGCUCAGUUGCUCACGUGUAUGGAUGACUUGACGCUCGACGCAAACGCGAAACCAGUAAUGAUAAUCGGUGCCACAAACCGUCCAGAUUCACUAGACCCAGCAUUACGUCGUGCCGGUCGUUUUGAUCGAGAAAUCAUGUUGGGAGUACCAGAUGAGAAUGGUCGAGCUCGUAUCCUCGAAAAGUUGUCUAGAAAACUACGUCUAUCUGGUGAAAUGGAUUUGAAAUCAUUGGCUAAACUGACGCCUGGAUAUGUUGGCGCAGACUUGUCGGCAUUGACUGCUGAGGCUGGCAUGUCGGCAAUCAGACGGAUUUUUAGAGAUCUAAAGAUUAAUUUGACCGCUUCUGCUACGAUUGAAGAUAGGACAGAGCAGAUGAAUGAUGAUGGUGAUCACAUUGAUGGCACUCUCCAAGAAAAGGUGGAUGCUGAUGUAGUCAUGACAGAACCGACUUCAGAAUCGACAGUCAUACCACCAGCAACAACCAGCAUACCCAUAAGCGAUGCCGCAAACCACGACAACCCCAUAACAGCCUUCCUCUCAGCAGCCGCAACGCUCUCCGAAGACACAAUCGCCUCACUCUCCAUCACAAUGGAUGAUUUCCACAUUGCGCUCUCCAAAGUCCAACCAUCGUCCAAACGUGAAGGGUUUGCAACCAUGCCUGAUGUAACAUGGGCGGAUAUCGGAGCUCUAACUCACGUACGAGAAGAAUUGAGGAUGGCGGUAGUAGAACCUGUCAGACAUCCAGACUUGUUUGCUCGAGUUGGUAUUGCUAGUCCCAUGGGUGUCUUGUUAUAUGGUCCUCCUGGAUGUGGAAAGACGCUGUUGGCUAAGGCUGUUGCUAAUGAGAGCUGUUGUAAUUUCAUAUCUGUUAAAGGGCCAGAGUUGUUGAACAAGUACGUUGGUGAAAGUGAACGUGCAGUCAGACAAGUGUUUGCUAGAGCUCAAGCCUCGUCACCUUGUGUAAUCUUCUUUGAUGAAUUGGAUGCCUUGACUCCUGCGAGAUCAAAUGAUUCUGAUUCACACUCUGCCUCCCGUCUCGUAAACACCCUCCUAACCGAGCUGGACGGCUUGCACUCACGUCGCCAAGUAUACGUCCUGGCAGCGACAAACCGUCCAGACAUGAUCGACCCCGCCAUGCUCCGUCCCGGCCGUCUAGACAAAUGCCUAUACGUCGACCUGCCGACUCCUUCGGAACGAGUCGAAAUCCUGAAAACAGUGUCUGGGAAGACACCAAUAGCCUCAGAUGUAGAUUUAGGUGUUAUAGGCCUUGAUGACCGGUGUGAUGGAUUCUCUGGUGCUGAUUUGGCUGCUCUGAUGCGGGAGGCUUCUGUAUGUGCGCUGAAACAGACGCUGAGGAGGGUUAAUGAGAGUGCUACGUUGGUGAAUGGAGAAGAAGGGUUUGGUACGGGUGCCAUUCAAGUGACUGCUUCGCACUUUGAAGAGGCGUUGAGUAAGACUAUGGCUUCUGUUUCGAAGAGGGAUUUGAAGCGCUACGAGUUGCUCAAAGUCAAGUUUGGAAGCGGGGUCGCAAAUGAUGCAACCUCAUAG